GUAGAAAGCUGUUACUCCAGGAACUGGAAUGCCUGACUCAAAACUUUGUGUCCAAAUGAGGUCUGCUAGUUGUGGAGAUGGUAUCUGAAUUGCUGAUCAACAGAUAACGAAGUACCAGGAAAAUUUCUCCCAAACUGCAGCUCUUAUAGUAAUGUGGUGCAGAGCACGGGGCUCCUGAAAACAGCAGAGCGUAUUUCCCACAAACCUUGAUUGGGGGAAGGAGGAAGCUGAUGAGAUAUUUUGCAUAACAAUGACGAGUUAAUAGCCAUACCUUUCUGGAAGGAGAGAGGACUGCAGCCCAAGGCAAAAGAUGUAUGCGAUUCUGAGAGUUUUCAGGGACUUGUGAUGCAGCCAGGGGGAGCUUAUACAGGAACUACUCACGCAGAGUCACGCAGACCAGCAACAGCAGUGCAUUCUCCGAGUUCUUCCUGUGCUGUCUCCUGCCUCAAAGCGAUUCUGAAAGCAAAACCGAACGAAACUCAGUAGGCUGGGCUUCAACUAGUUCCUUAAAAGUAGUUCCAUGUUAGGAGGUAAUGAUGUCAUUUCUUCUUGUUUAAUGUGCUCCUGACCGUGCCCACUGUCUGAUGACUUUUACCUAUGUGCCCUUGUUCCUCGUGUGUCUGCCAGCUGGAAGGAAUCCUGGCUUGGAAUUACUGGUUGUUGCAGUGAUCUAGGCAGCAACCUAGGGUUUUUUGUUUAUGUUUUGUUUUCUUUUGGCUGUUUGUUUAGUUGGCUUCUACAAGGGAAUCUGAUGCAAAGAGCAACUUUUAUUGUUUUCUUUUUCUUUGUUUUCUUUGCCUGAGGAGCAAGUGCCAAGUCCUGAAGUGAGUAUCGAAUGGCUUGACAUUCUCUGGUACUUUGUGUUGGUGUUGUAAAAAAUGAAGAGGCUGCCACGGUGGGAUCCGAUACAGAACAUGUUCUUCCUCCUGCUAAUUUUGAGCCUGGGGACGCAGCUUCAUCAGACAACAGCUUUAUUCACAGUGACAGUCCCUAAGGAUUUGUACAUAGUAGAACACGGCAGCAAUGUGACCCUGGAGUGUGACUUUUACUCUGGAAAUUAUCUGGAAGUUGAACAUGUAACAGCCACUUUACAAAAGGUGGAAAACAACACAUCCUCGCACAGUACCACUUUGCUGAAGGAGGAGCUGAAGGGGAAGGCCUUAUUCCACUUCUCCCAAGUGCAAGUGAGCGAUGCGGGGAGAUACCACUGCCUGAUCGGCUUCAGGACCACUUGGGACUACAAAUACCUGACUCUAAAAGUCAAAGCUUCCUACAAGGAAAUAAACACUCGCGUGGUUCAGGUCCCAAGGACAGAUGAGGUAGAGCUCACCUGCCAGGCUAAAGGCUAUCCCCUGGCAGAAGUAUCCUGGCCAAAUACCAAUGUUUCUGCCAACACAAGCCACACAGAGACUUCUGACGGCCUCUACCAGGUGACUAGUGUUCUGCGCAUAAAGCCACCCCCCGGCAGAAACUUCUCCUGUGAGUUCUGGAAUGCUAAUGUGAAGGAGCUUACUUCAGCCAUCAUUGUCUCUCCAGGUGAAAUGAAACCCAGCGUACCUCCACCUUUGCUGCUUCAUAUUUUCAUCCCUUCCUUUAUCAUUGUUUUAAUGGUCAUAGCUACAGUGAUAAUCCUAAGAAAACAACUCUGCCAAAAGCUUUAUUCAAGAAAAGGAGAUACACGGAUACCAGUGUGGAAACGCAGUGGCCAUGUGCAUGAACUCAUGGUGAUGGAAAAAGUUUGAGAGCAGUUGGUACUGUGGACAGAGCUUUAAGCCAAGCUCAGAAGAUUUGAACCUGUGUCUCCGGAGCUGAGGUGAAUUGUUGGGACAUCCUCAAGAAGCUUCUGGACCCUGGAUGAGAGUCCUUUGGCCCACAGAACAUGUUUGUAAUUUUCAAAUGCCUUGUGUGACCCGGCACUUUAAUCUGGAGACUGCAACAAGACUAGUCAGCACCUGGUCAUGGUGUGCUUAGAGGAAGUUGAGCAGCUCUCCAGCUCUCACCUCUGCCGCCUGUGACUGAGCAAGCACUGUUGCACUUUAGAAAAUGACCGCUUUGGAUCCUGGACACCCGUGAGUGUCCUGAGGCUCCUUCUUGCUGUCAGACUAAAGAAUUCCAAAGUAAUUUCCAGAAGUAGAGAUAAGUGGAAAUUUUCGUUACAGAAGGGGAAAGAUUGCCAAUAGAGUUAUUUUUAUAUGUUGUUUCCUCUGUAUACCGGAAAAACCUAUCAAGACUAUCAGCUCACAGAUAAGGCUUUAUACAAAGUCAAGCCAUAAUGGACAUGUUUUAUGGCUCACUGGAAUCUUGAAUGCAUUCAAGUUCUAAUUAACAGGAAGCAUGUAAGUACACAGAGUGGCCAACUACAAAUUGUGGAGAAAAGUCAUUGAGCAUUUUUGUGAGGUCUAAAUCACAGAGCAUUUAUUUCACCUAUAAUGGUACCGUGUUAAAUGGUGAUUUUUUGUUAUUGUUCUAAACUACAUCUUUCUUUCCAUAAAUUCUGGGUUUUUUUAUUAACCUUGGAACCAUGAUACACAUUUUAAAAAUUUGGCAUGCAAUUAUGCUGCAAGGAUCUCAGAUGAGUAGCCAUAAUGGUCAAAGCCCCAAACACAGGCUUAUUUCCUGGCCCUCUAUAUGACUCCAUUUUUUUAAGUGCCAUAUCAAAUUUUACUUUUAAGGUUUAAUAUUUAAGUACUUUUUAAAUUUUAAAAUAAUUUCAAAUGUACUCUAAAUUUCUAAGUAUACAAAGAUCUUUUUUUUUUUUUUUCUGAACCAUUCAGAAAUAUCAGCACUGGCUGAGUUAGUGUGCACUUCUGAUGUUAAAGAACAUUUUCCCAUGUAACUACAAGAUAACCCAUCUAUUGGGGCAUAUGACUUUAAACUUACCCUUUAGUAAUUCAGUUUCCAUGUCUGUGAAACCAGCUAGUCAAGGCUUUUGAUUGUUGGCACUAUAGAAAUGCUGCGGGAUCCCAUUAUGUGUAUGUCAAGGUGGGGUGGGGAGUGGGUAACCGGGCACAGCAGCAGCAGUUUAAUCAUGUUAAAUUUUGUAUCUGUGAUGGGGACAUGAAACUCAAGGCAUUAGUUGACCCAUGAACCAUCCAAAUAUAUAUGUAUAUGUGUGUGUCUGUGUAUAUAUAAAGGGGAUUCCUUAGUAAUCCCCUAUGUGCUGGCCACUAUCCUUUGCUAAGUAGACAGUGCCCGGACCCUAUCAAAGCUGCAGAAUGUUUCUCCUGAAUCCUUCUCCUAAGGGAUUUCCAAGGAAUUUCCAGCCAAGUUAUACCAGCAUCAGUUUGGAGUCCCAUGUAUGGGCUCUCCUCUACACAUAACACCUCCUUUCUGGGACCUCAUUUCUCCCUGGCAAAAUUCUAUCCACCCUUCAGAUGCUAGUUCUCCCAGUGAAUAUUUUCUGAUUUUCCUCAGCUGAAUAUGAGCUCUUACUUUGGGCAGAGCAAUGUUUUCUUUGUUCCUCUCUGGAGAGCUUCUUUCUCAGUUUUAAAUCAUGUGCAUUUAAGCAAUAGUUCUGUUUUCCUCUUGGAAUGUAAGUUCCUGGAAAGCAGGGAAAUUGUGGGAUUUUGUCAUUAGUGGGACAUCUUGCAUGUGAUACAUACCUCAUGCAUGAUUGGCUAUGAGAAUCAUUAUAAAUUUGAGGAGAAUGACUAUACCUUUUAUGAUCUCAUAUGAUUCGUUAAAAAGUAUAUAAAUGGCCAUCUUUAAAAUAAAAGAACGAGAUGAAUUUUAAGUUAAAAAAAA